GUUAUUUUGUACGUUUGGUUCGUAUAGGUUAAAUUCCGAUGCGCUCUACAUACAAGAGGCGUACAUUAUAAAGGCAUCUGUGAUUUAGGUGGACAAUUCACGGAUAAAUACGCAGCUUUAGACCAAACUGCAACUGAGCUAUAUAUGGUCGCAUUCGCGUCUUGCUUCUAAAAUACUAUUUUAGUAUUCGAGGUGUCUUUCUGCCGAGUACUCGAAUGUUUCUCUUAUCCUUAGUGUAGAAUGUUUCAUCGUCAGUCACAUCCUUGUGUAGUGCUGUUGUCCCAUAUUAGCGCGCAGCUUCAGUCUCUGAGGUAUAAUCCGCGGCGAGGUGUAUCGCAAAUAUCAUACAUACACACGGCUGCUAAACCACACGGAUUGGCGCAUGCAUAUGUAAAUACGCCCAUAAACACACACACACAAGGGCGUUUAGCGGCACGUAUACACGUGUGCAAGUCAUCAACUAGUUCACCAGCAGGCACGCAAACACAAGCAUCUCAGUCUACGGUGGUUGAGAGCACACAAUUACAUUCCAUCCAGCCACCAGAAUCAGUUGCUGCAACAGGUGCAUCGAGUAGUAUACGUAACACAGCACCAAUAAAACCUACACCAUCAUUCAAUCCCGCGAGCGCACUACCAAACACUACAGCAUUACCACCAAGUACUACAUCGUUACCACCAAAUACAAUAGCAAUACCACCAAAUCCGCUCACCCCUCGCAAGGUUUUCAGUAAGAAUAACCCAAUCCAUACACUGCGAGACACGCUCAAGAGUGGGCAUCCAAGGUAUCCUCUCACCUCAAGGCCACCAUUCAACACGCGACCGAAGCCGCACUUCAAGAGCGAGGGGCCUACUUCAAGUACCACAUACAAUAGCAGGCAAGUGCAAGAGCGGUACAAUCACCCCGGUCGAAACGGGUCCCGCUACACCCUCGAGCGGAAUACCUACCAAAGAUCGCUGGAUACUAAGGAUAAGAAUCAGUACAAGACACAGCAGUCUGAUCUGGCGGUGGGCGUACAGAUUGGAGAGGCAGAUAGCAUGAGUAGGAAACGAUCGCGGGUCGAAAGCUCUGUGUCGCUGAGUGAUAGCGAUUCACGCGACGAGGAUGGAUUCAUUGGAGUGCCUGAUGAAUUGUUAGCGGACGAGGAGAAUGAAGCACGACUGCAAUAUCAACGACAGAAAGAGGAUGAAGUGAGAGAAAGGAGGCAAAUGGAUCGUCUGUAUGACGAGUCGCGCAAGAAUUUCCUGAAAAACAUCAAGACCCCAUGGAAACGGGGGGACUACAGCCAGGAUGUUAUGAUCAGUUUACACCAAGAAGUGCUGGACUUUGUGGAAUACUGCCAGCCCACCGCCUCAGAACAUCACGAGCGCUUAGAAAUCAUCAAGAAACUGCGGAGACUGAUCACAAGUAUCUGGCCUAAAGCAAGGUUAGAGGUCUUCGGAAGUUUCGGCACGGGACUGUACACCCCUACGAGCGAUAUUGACUGUGUAAUAUUCGGUGAGUGGAGUCCCCACGCCUCAAAGAAAGGUCAGCAGGUGUUCACCCUGGCCAACAAACUGCAGCAUCAGACCCUGCUGCCCGUCAAGAACCUCCAAAAGAUUGCGCAUGCACGUGUGCCGAUAGUGAAGUUCGAAGACGAGCACUCGGGCGUAGCCAUCGAUAUCUCCUUCAAUCAAGACGGGGGUGUGCAUACGGUGCAACUCGUCAACAACUACAUACGACAGUAUCCAUGUCUCGCCCCAAUGGUGGUUCUACUGAAACACUUUCUUGCGCAAAGGAAACUUAAUGAACCUGUGAAUGGCGGUGUAGGAUCGUAUUCGUUGACCAUCAUGGUGCUGAGUUUCCUGCAGAUGCAUCCUGGAAUCAAAGUGCAGGCAGAUACAAUAAACUACAACCUAGGCGUGUUGCUGAUCGACUUCUUCGAGCUGUACGGCUUUGCAUUUAACUGGAGGGAACUGGGCAUCUCUGUGAGGGGCUCGGGAGCCUAUUUCGCCAGAGACAAAGCACAUACAACUUUCCAAGUAAAAAAGGGCCAGGCUCGGGGCGGACAACCUAACAUGGCCAUCGAGGACCCACAGCAGGUUGGCAACAACGUUGGUGCGGCAUCCAGGCGGUUCUGUGACGUACAGGUUGCUUUCCAACAGGCGCACAGGACACUGAACGCCUAUAUAAUGAAUGAGAACGCACCAUUCUCAACGGCCCUGUCAUCGGUGAUUGAGGUGGAUGAAAAGUUCAAGGCACUUCGCGACCGUGCCACCCACCGCAACAAACAUAUAGCUCAUAGUUUCAGAGGCUCGCCAGCGGACGCUUCACCGUUCAUACAAGUGUGGAGACAACAAUCACAACAG